CCAGGUAACCCAGGCAGGCGUCCUCAACUGUGACGAUCACUCACUCACUCACUCACUCACUCACUCACUCACUCACUCACUGUGUGUGUGCGUGGACGUGUGCGUGUGCUUCACCUGUGCCGGCUCCCCUGAUGCUGCGGUGGUGACGCCGUGUCCGGGCCUGCUUCUAAGCUGCUGCUGACCACUUGAUGAAGAGGAAAAAGGAAGGAAAAAGAGGACGAGGUAAACAGAGCGCAGGAAGUAAAGUCAGAGCACAAGUGUCCAACUAAGCCAGCAUGAAUCCGUUGUGGAGACUUUAUAAGAGCAAAGUCAUGAAGACGCUCAACCCGGAGUAUGUGGACGACUCGGCUGAAGAGGUGAGCGAGGUGGAAGAAGACGUGAUGAGUCCAGCCCAACAAGACGAAGGCCAGAACGCAGUUUCCCAGCUGGCCCGUAAAAUGCAAGGGGCAGGGGCCAAGAGCUGGAACAGACUGUCAGCUCUCUUCAAUAAAGAUGACGAGCACCAACUACUGCAAGAGACAGAAAGUCCUCCAGUCGCUGACCAUCCACUUGCAGUAAAGCCACAGGAGCCUUCCCGGCCCGCUCGGCGCAGUGGAUUCUGGGAUAGCUUCGCCGCCAACUGGGCUGCCAAGAAGCAAGCGGAGGCCGGCGUCGUUGCCCAUAAGCCGACGGAAGAAAAUGAGGCCAAGGAGGAGGAAGAAGAGGAUGCGCGUCCGGGUCAGUCCGAUUCGAUGGAAAUGGACGGCGUGGCGGAGGAGGAGGAGGAGCGGCGGGAGAGCGACGACAGCAACAGCUUCUCCAAAUACGUCACGCUGGGAGGACGAGGGGCAGGCGAGGACGCCGCCUACAAAUGGAAUUUUGUCACCAGCAAACUGGCCGAGCUCAGGAGAACCAGCCCGGCCAAGAGCAACUAAGAGAAGUUGAACAUAUCCUUUAUUAAUUUCCACUGGGGAAAUUCAGGUAUUACAGCAGUAAAGAAAACACACGUAUACAGUAAACCCCCACAUAUUUGCUGUUCGGUACUUGCAAUUCACCUAUUUGCAAGUAUUUUUCAACUGAAAUUUUUUUUUUCAAAUGUUUCAUUUUUGUAUGCAUUUAUUUUUCAUUUUUUGAUUCUCUCUCAUUUCACAGUCUUCAUGUUGUGUGAAGUUGUUAUUUCAUGAGAGAGAGAGGAACAUGAAUGAAGUCUCCUCAGGCUACGCUGAUGCUGAAUCCGUAAUCUCGCGAUCACAGCAUGCAUGAGGUCACUAGCGUUGUCUGCGAGCUGAAGCUUGAAUGUAAACAAACUACACUAAGAGCAGUUAGUUCAUCUGUUUUGUUGACAUUCCCCAUAAUGAUCAAUGGGAGGAAACGUCAAAUCUCUUGUCUCCAAAAUUGCAAAAAUAAUAAUAAUAAUAAAACUUCCAUGCAUGAUGUCAGGUAAAAUGUUAGCUAAUGGUAUAAGGCUUCAGUUAUGCAAGCAUCGAGGUAAUUUAUCUUUCUUUGUGGUGUUAUUUUAUCUUGUAAUUUGGAAUUUGCAGGGGGAAAAAAACAUUAAAAAAGCCAUAACGCAUGAUAUCAGUUGAAAUCCUAGCUUUCGGCGCAAAGACCUCAACAUCAAGAGAUGUAUUUAACUUAUUUUUUUUUUACUUUCUCUGGGGUGUUAAGUCAAAUUCAAUUGUGAAUAUACAAACAUUUCAGGCAAAAAUAUGCUUUUGAAGUCACACAAAACAUCAGUCAGACAAAAAGUUAGUAGAUUAUGCACAAACUCAGUACAGUGAGCAUCGACGGAUUUAGUUUUUUGUGUGUGUGUCUUUUUGAAGUGUUGCGGUAAUCUAAGUGGGAUUUCUACCGCCUAAAUUUGUGGAAUAUAUAGUUUUUAGGUCACUCGAGCCUGCCAGAAUUCAUGACAUUGUUCGAGAUGUUAGCAAAUUACGCGCAACCUCAGUUCAGCGAGCGAGGAAGGACUUACUUCUGGGAUUUUUGUCUUUCUUUGGGGCAAUAAGUCCGUCCAAUUUGGAAUUGAAGCCUUACUUUGUUUUUGUUUUUUGUUUUUUUGUUUUGCUUCAGUGUGUUCAAAUUGUUUGAUUUGGAAUUGUAGCAAUAGGUAAAUUUUUCCUCCGAAUUGCACACAAAAAAAUCUUAUUUCAUGAGACCCUAGUUCAGAUGGCAUUCAUGGAAUUCUUUUUUGGGUCGUUCUAUGGAGUGUUAAGGUCGUCUCAUUCGGAAUUCCCCCCCUAAAAUGUCGUCAUACGUGACAUCAGGCGAGGUCAGCAUAUUACGCGCAAACUCAAUCCAGCCAGCAUCACAAAGAGUUUUGUCCCCACGGAUAUGACAUCUUUCAUCAUUAAUGAUGAACAAGAUUGAGUGUUUUAUUGUUUGUACAUUUUGAUGAGAGCAGUCUUAUUUUGACAUUUAAGAAGUACUCAGGAAUGUAAAAAAUUGGGAUGAAAUGAUGAUAAAUGGAUUUUUUCUUCUUAUGUGGCUCGCCUAAAGUGCUUCUUAAAAUUUGGCACCCAACUACAGCUAAUUUUCCCUUUAGUAGAAACAAGAUUAAGAGAUUAAAGGUGGAUUAGUGUCAGUUUAACAGUUGAAAGUUUGCUCAUGAGCCGCCAUUGUUUGACUUUGUUAACGAACAGCAACUCAAAUCAUUUGGAACUGUUUGAGAUUUUUUUCUUGUUUGUCUUGUGUCUGUUGAAUUGUGUGUUUUUUUCUGUUUUUUUCCCGUCUGUUGGAAUAGAUGUGUUUCUACUAUUUAUGUACAAUCUAAGGAAUGACUGACUGAAUGAUGUCAUCAUUUCAUUCAGUCAGUGAUUAGAAAAUAUACAAAAAUCUGUAUAAUAAAGACAAUCCCUCCACA